AUGGACCCAUCUCCUGAAUGCAUUGUUGAGCUGGAGGCUGCCUUCUUCAGUUGCCUGGCUUGUCCUAACAGCCGAUUGAUGCAAUCAAAUUCUGUUGCAAAGCACAUCAAAACAUCAAGCCAUCAGAAACACUUGUCUCAAUGGAUCUCCGAGCGGAAGGCCACUGCUGCUGCGGCCGCUGGUCCACCUCCGAGGUCAAAUUCAGGUCCUUUGCAACCAGAAAUCGAAAUCGAAGAAGGUUUCAAUCAAGAGGACCCUGAAAUCCCAGAUAUCGCAUCAGAUCAGGCUAGCUCAGAACCGGAACACCGUGACAAUUCAGCACUCAUUGACCUCUGGGCACAGGAUCAUUCAAAUCUAUUUCGAUCUCCAGUUCACCGUGUCAAUAGUAUCGAGGACGAAUCAAUUGGUGAAGGAUCCAUUGAGUCGGAUUCUGACGAUGAAGAUAAUGAAUCAGAAGGCAACGAAACUCAUUCACAGGCCUCAGAGGACGGGGAUGACUCUUCUUGGGCACCCUUUUCCAGUUUAGAGGUAUUUAUUAGCUCAUCUUAUCAACUAGAUGUUUCAAUUUAUUCCCACUGA